UUCUCUCUCCGUGUGUUUACAGAUCAGUAAAAAAGCGCAGGUGUCUUUAUUUAUUUUUUAAACUGGAAGCCAGAGAUCUGAAACGGUUUCCCGCGUGACGGACGUUUAGCUAAACUACAUGGAAAAAAACCUCCUAAGUUUAGUUAUCCCCGUUACUCGGUCCCCUUCCGCUCCCCGCUACCCCAAACACCCCCCGGGCGGUACUUCCAGACAAGUUACUUGCCGUGAACGCGUCACCGUGACACCAAGCGUGUCCUCGCUAUGGACGCGGACUGUGCGUCGCUGCUGCCCGGCGUGUGCGCGGUGCUGGCGGCCUCGGGGAGGUCUCUGCCCGACGACACCAGCCUGGAGAAGCUGUUGGACUGGUUCACGGGGCUCACCGAGGCCGGGGGAUCCCUGCUGGAGGCCUGCCCGUGUCUGCUUGAGUUCAUCUCCACCGUGGUUCUGAACACGGCUGUGGACCCCGGUGUCCUCUCCUUCGCCCUCAGACUCACCGGCCUGAUGGCUGCAACGGAGGACGGCUACGAAAAGCUCCAGGAACGCUCGGUUCUGGACCAGGUCUUCCAGCUUCAGCGCUGGCGAGAAGCCGGUCUGUGGGAGGAUCCCUGUUUACGGAUCGGCUGGAUCCUGGGCUUACGGAGCAUGCUGCAGCACCCGAAGGCGCUCUGUUUCUUUGUGCAGUCAGAUUUUAUCGACCCGCUCCUUCAGCUCCAGACAGACGCCAGUCUGUUCGUCGCCUCGGCGGCCAAUCAAAUGCUCGCCCACAUCCUGCUCUUCUUUCAGCCGGUCCCGUCUCUGGGAUGUAACGGCGUAGAUAAGAAGGAAGAAGAUGACGACGACGGGACGAAGCGCGCCAGCGCGGCGUACGCCGCCGCUCUCGCGGCGAUCUCGGGGUACCUCAAGGAGUCACUGGUUCCCAAAAAAUACACAGCGCUCCGUCAGAGUCUGCAGAUCCUCAAGCUGCUGGCCCUGCUGCUGGCCGCGGCCGGGCCUCCCCUCUGCGACGGGCUGCUCCAGACAGCCGGGGACCCUCUGGAGGACCUGGUGGCGGCAGGCUGCAGUCAGCUCACGCUGCCUCUGAUGGACGUCCUCCUGGCUGCGUGCAGCAGCUCCGGCUUUAACCAACGCGUCCCGGACCAACGCGUCGGCCGCCUUCUGUCGUCCAUGUUGGACGUCAACGAACCCGCCGACCUCCUUCACGCUGCAGCCGCUUUUCUCCGCCGAGGUCACCACAGUGACGUCGUGAACACAACCCGGGCCGUGAGAAUCCUGCUGCUGCCCCUCCACAUCGUAACGGGUCAAACUCUACUGGGCACAAACGCCACCGCAGACGGGCGUCGGUCUUCAGCGGUAGAGCAGCUGAAGUGUAAAACCUCCUGCAUCUCGAUGACGUGCGUCACUCUGACCAACGCGCCCCGGAUCGCCCUCUUGCCCCUCGGCGUCCUGCCCUGUGCGCCGGAUUUAAUCGUCACUGCAGUCCUGUCGCUGUUGAGGAUCUGCAGCGGCGUCUCUUCCUCCUCGCCCCCCGGGUGCGGCGAGGUUUGCAGGAACGUCAUCGGCAGUGGCAAAGUUCAGAAAUGUGCCCUUGAGGCGCUGACGGCUCUGGACGGCAGCCCAGGAGCGACAGAGAAGACCAGUGAAGUGUUCACAGUUCUGAUGCAAUAUCUGGAAAACCCUGAUUCUGAUCCCACGGUGCUCCACAAGUCCUACCAGGCCUUCGUGAAGUGGACGGGCGUGUGCACGGACCUGUCCUUUGUCACAGACCAGCUCAGACUGGAUCUCGUGGAGCUGGUGAGAAGGCGCGCGUGCGACAUGCGCUGGGAGGUGAGGGACUCCACGGUGGAGUUCCUGGGACAACUGGCGGGUUUGCGCGCCUCCGCGGCGACAACCGAGGGGACGGCGUCCGACGCGCUGCUGGGCGCCCGCUGCACUACGCCCCUCCUGAAGGAGGCCCUGCAGGACGCGGAGAGCUACGUGAGAGCCAGCGCCGUCUCCGCGCUGGCAAAGAGUCUGACACACGGCUGGCAGCAGGGGGCGGCGCCCAGCGAGGACGAGAAGGAAAUAGUGAGCCGGCUGCUUGAGAUCCUCUCCCAGGACACGGAGGGAUUCCCCAGGAGGGCCGUCGUGCAGUACUUCGCCUCCUGGUUCUCCUCGUCGGCGUCGCCCUCCUCCGCCCCGCUCCUGAUGCGCUGCGCGCGCUCCGUCCUCUCGCAAGGCAGCGCCGAUCUGGACUGGGAGGUCAAAGUUCACACGCUGGAGCUGGCCCAGCUGCUGCUGGACGAGGCCUUUUCGGGUCACCGGGGUUACCGGAAGGUUUCGGACGCGCCGCACCCUCGCGCCGCGGUCUCCGAGCUGACCCGCGCUCCUCGCGCGUCCCCCGAGGGCGCCGAGUCGGACCUGGCCGCCGCGGUGGAGCUGGGGGUCGUGGCGGCGCUGCUGAGCGGGCUGGUCGACUGCGACAGACCCGUGGGCCUGAGGGCCUGUCGGCUGCUGAUGGCGCUCCGAGACGCGGUCUGCCCUCCGGGGCCGCCGGACGCCACUGCUGCCGUGGCGACGGUGUCCUGCGAACUGCCCGGCGGCGGCGGCUGGGGGGAGGAGAUCAGAAAGACACUGGGCGUGGAGAGCGGCGAGGGAGGGGCCCGCGUGAGCGUGUGCGAGGCGCUGCGGUCGCUGGGUUUGGACGAGAGGCUGGACGUCCUCACUCGAAGCAGCGACCACGUCCACAACUCGCCGCUCUCUCUGCUGCAGGACAUACUGACCGCCAGCGCCGCGCACACUCGCGCAGACACACAGCCGGGGGAGGAGGUCAUAGUGGACUGCUACUGACACACACACACACACACACACACACACAACACACACUGUGAUAUUUGAGGUCAGUAGAAGAGGAGUUUCUGUGAUUUUGCUGAUGUCGACAUGUUGCCAUAGAGACCUGAGACUUUGGUGAAUUGCUAUGGAUUAUUUUCCGCUGUUGAUGAAAUAAAUCAACUAGUGACACAGAUUAUUUUUAAUCACAUUUAUUACUUCAUUAAAUACCAAGCAGGGAGUUGUUGAUCUUUGUUGGGUGUCUUUAUGGCUUUUUAUAAUACUUUGAUUAAAUGCAGUUGCACUCGU